UAAGUAAAAUCCAUUCGUCACUAUGAAAUCCAUAUUGCUAUGACAUUUACGUGAUCUUCAGUUAUUUUAUGACAUGUGCAAAUUAGGUAUAUGAAUGAGUGGAGUAAUGGCUUGGGUCAUCGAUCAGUGUAUGGAUUCCUUGAGCCUCAAUCUAUACACAAUGCAAAGGACAGACAUGGGCAAUGUGAAGAAUAUAUUGAAAAAUGGCUUAAGGAAUCGCAACGACAACUGUACAUAGGAGCUUAUUUGAAUGACGCCCAUUGGCAAAUGGUUGUGUUGUGUCCUAAAGACAAUGUGGUGGUCUGGUUUUGUUCAGUGCGUAGAAGGCCUGAUGUUCAUAUCAAAACUGCAAUUAACAAUGCAUAUAAGAAAUUAAACACGACUGCUGAUGGGAAAGUUCCUAAAAUUGGACCCCAGUGGCUUGAACUGAAGGUUAUUCGAACUACAUACAAUACUCACGUUCAAUGCGGAGGCUAUGAGUGUGGGUAUUAUGUGAUGCAUUGGAUGGGGAACAUAAUUGGCGUGGAGUUGAAGAGUGAUUGGAGUGCGUGGUUCGGUGAUGGCUCGGCACUAGACCCGGAGGAUAUGAAGCGCCAAAUGUAA